CAACCGUCUGUGGCACCUCAUGCGAGCGUGCUGCGAACUUCACCCGUACCCUUGGUCGCGAAUACGCGUCCGACAUAGCGAUAGCAUAAUUUUUCUCGGCGUCAGCGGCGCGUUGAUGUCGAAGCAAGCUUGCUCCGCUCCACGUCCGACCGAGUCUCCCGCUGCAAGCGAACCCGCCGCCUUUUCCGGGCUAAGCCGAGUGCGGCCUAGGCGCUUCCCACUGUCGCCAUAGCUGCCGGUGAUAUCAAGGCUCUUACUCCAGGUGCUGGGCUCCGAGGCUCUGACUUGCGUAUCCUCGUCCUUCGUUUGCACGUCGCAGACUCACUCGACCUUCGCUGCAGCCACUGCUCCGCUCGGUGGAGGCACGUGACCAUGUCGACCGCGUUUGCGCCCACCAGCCAUCCGAACGCAGAGGCCGACGAGCAGCCCCACUACGGACUUCCCCCACCAUCAUCGCAUGUCCAGAACGGAGCGUUUGCCCACCAGCUGAGCCCCCCGACCGCUGCAUACGCCUCGAGUCCGCCGCAAAACGCGCCUCGGCCUGCGCGCGCGCUGCGACAGACUUCGACGAACAGCGGCACCGCCCUGACCGGCGGCAUGGCGAGCGCGAACGGCAACGGGCAGCCUAUGGCGGUGCCAGGCGGGCGCGUGAACGGGCACGGCAACGGCGCUCACCUGCGCGAGAUGGGCUUUGCAGGCGCGCGCAGCCCGCCGAACAACAAGAGCACAUCACACGUCCCCUGCAAGUUCUACCGGCAAGGCGCGUGCCAGGCUGGAAAGGCAUGUCCGUUCCUGCACUCGGACGAGCCCGCCACGGAGCGAGCGCCGUGCAAGUACUUCACCAAGGGCAACUGCAAGUUCGGCCACAAAUGCGCACUCGCCCACAUCCUCCCCAACGGCCAUGUCGUCAACGCCAACACGGGCAGAGGCCACUUCGGCCGCGUCACCAUCCACAACCAGGAGCCGCCUAUGAACAGCUCGCUGCUCACUCUGCAGGCUCACAUGGCCCCAAUGCAGGCCGGCUACCAGUACGCGAUGCAGGACGAUCCGUACGCUAUGCCGAAGAACCAGUACGACAUGAUACCCACGAUCGACACUACCUUCUCCUCGCACCCGGGCUCCAACUACGGUUCUCCGCCGAACGAGAACGGACGGUUGGCAUUGUCGCCGGUACAGAAGGGGCUCAGCGUCAUGGACGUGCCGCUACCUGCGUCGUUUGAUAGCCAGGGCAUCUCCCACAUGGCGCGUUACGGCCCGAUUGCGUCCUCGGUUCCCGCCAAAUUCCUGGCAGGCUCGCCGCCGUCCUCCUACCACGCUGAUUCAUCUGCGCUACGGAAUCUGCACGACUCCGCAUUCGGCGACGGCUCGAGAAGCAGGGCAGCCGCGCUGGGCUCUUCGCCGCCAGAUUCGGUUGAGCCGCCGGUUGGGAGGAGGAUGCUGCACUCGGAGCUUGCCGCGAACCGGUCGAGAAAUCUCAUGUCUUCGAGCGUGGGUGCGCGGCCAACAUACAAGGACGAGGAGUGGGACGACGCGGACAUGAUUGGCAAGUUCGAGGAAGACCUGCUGCCGCACUCGCUGAGUGAUCUCCUCACGCCGCAGGAGAAGAUGCGCCGCUUCUCACGCGACCAGGGAGACAGCGAGAGCCACUCGUUCUCACAGCACGCUUCCAUGUCUAGGCUAGGCGCUUCACCUACCGCCUCGGACACACGCUAUGGAUCGCCAUCUGUAGCGGCCGGAUCGCCCUCCCGAUUCCAAUCGCUGUGGGGCAAAUCGCGACCGGUGAACGACAACUUCGAGUCCGGUUCCUUGCCAGGCGCAUCAGCGUUCGGCCACGUCGGUUCUCCGCUCCGCAACUCGAGCCUCCACCCCGGAGCGUCGCCGUCCCUCCGCGCCAUGAAUCGCCCUCCCUCCGGCGACACGAGUCCCUUCGUUUCCUCGCCGCCUCGUCAAGCUUCGAUGAGCAUGAUCAGCCAGCAACUCCAGCGCACACGCCUGUCCUCGCGGGAAGAAGCUGUAGGACUGAACAGCACAGCGACCGCCAACCCGCAACACCCUGGCAUCAACCGCCUCACCUCCGGCUCCAGCAUCGGUAGCUCCGGUGGGCGGUUGGCCAACCUAGACCGCGCAGUCAGCAGCAGCAGCAGCAUCAAUCGCGAGAGGAUUGAGGAAGAGCAAGGCUUGUUCAGCAUGGAGGAUGAAGACGAUGUCAAGAAGAGCCAGGAUGGCGCGAGUACGACGAGCAGUACGAGCAACAAGAGACUGAGUGGGCUGAGUUGGGGCAGCGGAGGGAAGGGGAGUCCGAAUCUUGCUCCGGUGGGUGGGCAGAUUGGUGGGCAGAAGAGUUCAGGGUUGAGUGGGCUGGGGAGGGGGAGUGGACCUUGGGGGAGCAGUAACGCGUGA